AUGACCUAUAAAAAAGUGCUCAUCGUCGGAAUCAGCGGGUGCUCUUCGAGUGGAAAAACUACCUUGGCUAAAUUGACGUCCGAGAUACUACCAGGCUCAACGUUAAUUCAUGAGGAUGACUUUUUUAAGCAUGAUGACGAAGUUCCAUUUGAUGAGAAGUAUCAAAUACACAACUGGGAUUCUCCUGAAGCUCUCGACCUUGAUCUUUUCGGGAAGGAGUUAGUUCAUAUUAAGAAAACGGGAACCAUAUCGGCUGAACUUAUCCAUAACAACAACAUGGGCGAUCUUUCAGAGCUGAACGUCAACCAAGCUACCCUUAAGGAAAUAAGUGCAAAAUAUUCUGCCACGUUUGGAGACGGGGAUAUAAAAGUUGUGCUUGUAGAUGGCUUCAUGAUUUACAACAAUCAAGAUCUGGCAUCAAGAUUUGAUGUGAAACUACUGAUCAGAGCACCUCGCGCUACUUUAAAAAAGAGGCGUGCGGCUCGCAGUGGCUAUAAGACUCUAGACUCUUUUUGGGUUGACCCUCCAUUCUACUUCGACGAGUUCGUUUAUAAGGCGUAUGCCGAGAACCAUGCCUGCCUCUUCGAAAAUGGUGAUGUAGAAGGUGCGCUUAAGAAGGACGUCGAUAUCUACGACUUCAUCAACGAUGAUAACACAGAUAUAAAUGAGGCACUGAUGUGGAUUUGUGAUCAUAUAAUUUCAAUGAGAUAG